AUGACACCCCAACCGAUCGGCAAUAUGAACUCACAACGAUACCUGUACCAGCUGUAUAAACCGAUACUAACCUUAAUGUUGAUCUGCGGUUACAAUCUCGGUUUUAACAGAAACGCCUUCACCAAAUUCGUCAUCCGAGUGUACUCAGUUUUCCUCAUCGUCAUCAUCAGUUACGCCAACAUGACUUGCUGUCCAGCUCAAGAGAUAUCCUUUAUUUGGCCUUUGUUGGAAUACGUCGUAUACGUCAUGAUAAUGUUGUUCUACAAAAGCCGUAUGCCGGUUUACUUUCGCAAGCUCGUCGAGAUUGACACGUUUUUGCGUAUUAACAAUCGCCACUACUACAAAACUCGGACGAAAAUUUACGGUUUAAUAAUCACGAUGUUCUGCAUUCGAUUUGCUUUCGUCACUGGGUACUGUUUAUUACACUCUUGCUAUACUUCGGCGAUUAUGUUUGGUGUAUAUGAGUUCUCGAUGGUAGCUUUAGAUAUUAAUCGGAUCUGGAGGUUUUGUAUAUUUGAGGAGAUCUGGUACCGGCUCAAAUUGUUGAGGAUGAGGAUACGAGAGUCCCCUGAGGAGAACUAUUAUUUGUACGUGAAAGAUAACAAGAUGUUGAAGGAAAAUAAGAUGAGGUUUGCCUUGUAUCUGUACCAACGAAUUGCAGAUCUGCUGGAUUUGAUUUCGCCUGAACUGAACGCAUCGCUGUUCAUGGGUGUGAUCUGCAGUGUACCAAAGAAUAUCAUCAACAUAUACCGCAUCUUGUUGGUAGUUGACGAUAGUAUACCAACCGAGUCUCUCGGGAUCAUGGUGUUCCAAAUAUUCCAGACGUCAAUAUUCAUAUUCACUCCCUGCAUCGUCGUUGAGAUGUACCAGUCUGAGGUUGAGAAGAUCAGACUGUUCUUGAUGCACCAACUUGUGCAUGAAGAAGAUCUCGAAAUCAGAAGAGACAUCCAGAUAUUCCUUCAGUACACCAGUAUAAGAACUUUUCGCUACAAAAUAUGGCGCAUCAUACCCAUGGACUUGAGCCUGCCUUUACAACUCAUGAACAUUUGCACCACUUACGUUAUUGUUAUAGUUAAUUUUACUAAAGUUUUUGACUAA